UUGGAAAGCUCACAUGGAGCGCCAGGGCUGUGCAGAAGCUCAAGCGCAGUAAACAGGUAAACAGUAAACAGGUAAACAGUAAACAGGUAAGCAGUAAACAGGAGCGACGGCCCGCGCAGCACAGCGAGCUGAAGGAAUGGCCGCGGACGCGAAGAGACCGAAGAGGGAGGGUGACGGCGCGCCUGGCGCGGCGGACGAGCCGCUGCAGACCUUCCUGCGCUGGUGUGGUGAAGUCCGCCUGAAGCUGAGCGACAAGGUCUACUUAAGUAAAGAACGGACAGUAGCAGAGUAUGGCAUGCUGGCUAAAGAAGACAUAGAGCAGGGCCACGUCCUCUUCUCCAUCCCCAGAAAUGCCCUCCUGCAUCAAGGCACUUCCACAACCAAGAAGGUCCUUGAAGAAGAAAAGGGUUGUUUGGAGAGCUCCUCAGGCUGGGUUCCGCUGCUGCUGGCGCUGAUGUAUGAGUACACCUGUGCAGAGUCAUAUUGGAAGCCUUACCUGUCCCUCUGGCCUGACUUCAGGAAGCUGGACCACCCCAUGUUUUGGUCCAAGGAGGAAAGAGAAAGGCUUUUGAAGGGGACAGGUAUCCCUGAGGCAGUGGACACCGACCUAACCAACAUCCAGAAGGAGUAUAAUGAUACAGUUCUACCCUUCAUGCGCUCACAUCCAGAGCUGUGGGACCCCGAGCGUCACUCUCUGGAGCUGUAUCAGAGUCUGGUAGCUUUCGUCAUGGCCUACAGUUUUCAGGAGCCUGUUGAGGAUGAGGAUGAUAAUGAUGAUGAGAAUGAAGUGCCCAACCCUCCUAUGAUGGUGCCAAUGGCUGACAUGCUCAACCAUGUGUGCAACCACAAUGCCAAUCUAGAGUACACACCUGACUGUCUGAAGAUGGUAGCGGUUCGGCCAAUCAGGAAGGGUGAGGAGAUCUUUAACACCUACGGUCAGAUGGCCAACUGGCAGCUUCUGCACAUGUACGGCUUCACGGAACCCUUUCCCACCAACAGCAACGACACGGCAGACAUAAAGACAUCCACUGUGUACACAGCAGCUGUACAAGAAACCCAGAGUGAAGCAGAACAGCACCACCUGGUGGAGAAAUGGAAAAUGCUGUGUGAAAUGGAGAUGGUUGGGGAGAAAGGAGUGUUUGUUUUCGGCAAGAAUGGUUCCCUCACCGACACAGAACUGUACACAACCCUGAAGGUCCUAUGCAUGAGCAAAGAGGAGUUUAAAGAACUUCAGGCAAAUGAAGGAUGGCAAGAGGAUGACGGCGAUGAUGAAGAUUCUAAAAUGGCUCAGGCACUAAGCCUUGAGGGGCUGCCAGCUCUGGCUCCAGAGUGGAAACGACUGUUACAUGUGGCUGCAAACCUCACGAUGGACCAGUACUUGGAGGACAUGGACUCAGACUGCAGGCUGCUGGAGGAACCAGGAGCUCUGGCCAAACUCAGCCCCAGAGAGAGAAACGCUCUGAACGUACGCCUCGGCCAGAAGAGCAUCCUCCACCACCUGCAGCAGCUCACCCAGCACGGUACAGCUUAGCAUACCUCUCCCAGAAGUUUCUAGAACCCAACCCAAGACUCGGACACACUGUCAGAAACGAAUGUGAACUGAAUCGCUAUAACAGGAAAGUCCUCCCCUCAAAUUCCUCGAGGUCUCGAAACUCGAGUCUUUCAGAGAGGAAGUGGUGCACUGUAGAGAAACUUCCAAACUCCAGUUCCUCUAUAGUGGUGCUGACAGGAACCAGGAGUUGCAAUGUCUUUAAUGCAAAUAUAACCAUUUUAUUUACUUUUUGAAA